CUGUUAAUCUCUCAUUCUUCUGUGUUCUCUCCCUCGCUCAUCUCUUUCACUCUUUUCUCCCUCUCUUUGCCGAACACACACACACACCCACACACCUACAAUAACAACUAGACUGCACCAUCACCUUCCCUUGUAAUCCCUGUGAGUUCUUGAACCAGAAAAUAGGAGAAAAAUCAUUUAAAAUCUCCCUUCCCGCGCUGCACAGUGCGGUUACUGUGCAAGGAACUUCUCCGGCGAAUUCUCACCAAAUUGGUCCCAUCAUUGUAGAUCGUGUCUAGGUUCACGAUUAGUAAGUUUUUGGGUGGUUUUGGUGGCGUAGGAACUCGGAAAACACAAGGGAAGUCACUGUUCAUUUCUGGAAAACUUGAAACCGUGGUCGUUUGGCCACCUUCCAGCCAUUUUUCUGGCUAACUCCAAUCUCCGUUGGGCUUCUAAGGGUGUAUUGGUUGGAAGUGAUCCCAUCCUCCCUAGUUCGAUUGGCUUCCCGGUAACAGAAUAUUUGAAUUGUUAUCUAGCGCUAUCGAGAAAAUAGACGAGGACUAGACAUGCUGGCGCCGAAGGAGACGAACGAGGACUUGGCUCUCCCCGACGACGCGUGCCCCGUUCUCAACGUCAGCAAGGAGAAGGAGAUCGGCAUGCAGGGCUUGGAGAAGAAGAAUAACAGCGUCAACGAGGUUGAAGUUGUAGAUGGGUGUUGGCAGAGACCACCUUUGGAUAUCAUGGAGAAUAUCGUACAACGCCUCGACUUACUUGAUCGGAUUCGCUUAAGCAUCCUCUGCAAGUACUGGAGAAUGAUUGUUAUGCAAAUUAUCCGCAGUGCUCCGCCAUUCCCAUGGUUAGUAGGCCCAUCUGAAGCAGCUUCCUGGUUAUUAUUUGGAACUCAACCGAGUUCCAGUUACUUGGAGUUCUCCAUCCCACCUGAAGGCAAAGUUAUCAAGCUAGGGUUGCCUAAGCGAAAUCAAGGGCGCUUUCAUAGUUCCUCCAAAGGUUGGUUGAUAAUGGUCAAUGAAGAACACUCUGAAGUAUUUCUACUAAACCUUUCAGGAGCCAAACACGAACUUCCUUCCUUGAGAAGAAUCCCAUAUUUCAAGAAGUUUGGUGGAAAACCCGACCGAUAUGUUGACAAAAUUGCCCUAUCGAGUUCAAAUCUAUCAGAAUGUACGGUGGCAGCAAUUUUUUCUUCUGGGGAAAUUGGUGUGUGCAGGCAAAAAGGUUGGAGAAUAUCUCGGAUGUGGGAUAGAAAAACGUAUCCUUCAUGCCUACUGUUUUCGUCUUGUGGCAUGCUAUAUGUCUUAGUCGAAAACAUUAUGUUUGGACACGUUGUAACUUGCACAUUACGCCUUGGAGAUGGUGAUGAGCUGGAAUUGAAGUUGGUUUAUGACAAAGAAAAAUCACGUAAGGGUUCAUUCAAUUGCUGGGGUGAAGGUGACUUUUUGGAUGUCAAGGUCAAAGACGAGUCAUAUUUGAUAGAAUCAACAACCAGCAACGAAGUCUUGUUGAUCCGUCAAAUUAGGGAUCAAAUGAAAACCGAUUUGAAUACCUGGACAAGGACUCAUGAUUUUCUAGUUUACAAGAUCGAUCCGGAGAAUGGUGAAAGCUUUAUCGAGGUACAGAGUUUGGGAAAUCAAAUAUUAUUUGUAACAAGCCGAGGCUGUUCCUUUUCCUUUCCGGUGAGUAAUUCUAACGGGUUGGAAGCGAACUGCAUUUAUUUUGUGGAGUUAGGAGGAAUUGACGACGACAACAUGUUUUGUGUUGAGAAUUCUGGACAUAGUAAAACCACCAUGUGUGAUUUUUCUCAUCCUUUCUACUUAGAUGGCCGGAAAUUUGGAAGAUCCAAAAAAUUUUAUGAUAGCAUUGAAACCGAAUUCACUUGGGGAGUGAGUUGGUACUGUCCGAGUUUACAGUAGCUUAGCUGGAAAAUUGUGUUCCUUUUGUUUCAGUGUUAUAUUUUGCAAUUCAUAAUGUUAUGUAAGUACUACUGUUUCUUGUAACUUUUUUUUUUUUGGGAAGUGAUUUCCGCAAACGUA